AUGGCGUCCUCGUCCUCGUCCCCGAAAACGUUUGCCUCUCCUCCAUCCGAAACCUCUUCGCCGCAAAAUGCCAUGCCUACACGCGAUCGCUCAGCGGGGCGAAAUGUCCACAUCUACGACUUAAAUGAUCCUACCACCGUAAUUGGCGGCCUACUCCUCCUACCCGGUGUCACAAAUGCCAACUUCUAUGCAAUGAUAGAGAUCAUUGUUAUAUUCGAGAGCCCUUUCUUUCUACAAAAUGAGAACGAAACGAAGAUUGAGAAAGACGACCAUCCACUUCAACCUGGAAAAUAUUACAUUGUUGCUACCAGUUCUUUUCAACUUAACGAUGAGCCAUGGCUCGUCCGGACAAUUAGUCUAGCUACCGGAAGUCGUGUUGCCGCCUUCGCCGAAGCUGUUCGUUCACGAGACCGUCAAUGUAUCGUAUCCGGAGAGCCUGUACCUACCUUUAAUGGAAUCGACUUCUGGGAGAAAUUCGAAGCUGCGCAUAUUUUCCCACUCGCCUACGAAGGUCACUGGAUUGAUCAGAACUACGCUCGAUGGAUUACAAUUCAUCCGGAACGAGGAGGAUCUAUUAACUCAGUACAGAAUGGAUUGUUACUAGAGCGCGGUAUACAUAGUCAAUUCGACGCAUAUCUCAUCGCAAUCAAUCCGGAUGUAUAA